GAGAGCAACAAAGGAGGAGAGAGAAAGUGAAGAGGAGAGAGAAAGAGAGCGAAAGAAAGAAAGCAGCGAUCGAGGGUUGCAAAACAAAAUCUAAUUCCCUCUUUCUCCAAAAAUCAGCUCCCAAAAAAAUAAAGAAAAAUAACAAUAAAAAUAAAAAUAAACACAAAAAACCCAGAAAAUUUCAGAGAGAGAAGAAGCAAAUGCACUUACGCGAGGAGAGAGAAAAUAAUCUAGCUGGGUUUUCCUCCAAUUUUUGCUGACAAUUCGAAGAAAGUUGAUUUUUUGGGGUGUUCUUCAGUCACCUCUGAAGCUGCUUGCUUGCGGAAAAUAAGGUCAGAAAUUGAUCAAAUUAAUCAGUUUCUGGUAAAUAUAGUUGAAUUCCCAUUUGCCCUUUGUUUUCAAUUGUAUGUUCUCUGCAAGUUGGGAUUUUUUCUGGGAAAAAGGGGGAAAAAUUAAUCAGGGAAGUUUGUAAUUUUAAUUGAUCUUAUAUGUUGAAGUUAAACUCGGCGAUCUCAGUGGUUAAAUUGGGAAUUGAAGGCUACCCUUUCGGUGAAUUUUGAAUUGGAAAUGUGGGAUUUUGAGCAACGGUAUAGUUACGCGCUUUACAGUUUUUACCGUUUGAAGUCGAGGCGUCGUAAGCUUUGUUGCUUAUUUUGGUGAAUUUUGAACUUAGGGUUUUUGUGAUUUCUUGCAGAUUUGAAUUGGGUAAGUGUUGAUUUUAGGGUUUGGGUGUGUAGUUGUUCGAGCAACUUAGAUCUCUGCUACUUGUGCGGUUGUCAUUUUUGAAAUUUAGGGUUUUGAGUGUGGGUUAGUAAUUGUGGUUAUGUGUUGGCAUUUUUGGGUAAUUUGAGUAAGUUGUUAGGUAUUGGGUUGAAGUUCAUUGAGUGUUUAAGGUGAUGAAGCUGAAGGUUGCCGAGAUUUGAAUUGAAGGGGCAGUUUGCUGUUAGCUUUUGUCAUUGUUGGAAUUUUUUUUUGUAUGAAUUUGUAGGCGGGACUGUUAAAUAAAUAAAAGAAUGCAACCCGAAAAGAGUCCGCGAAUGGAUAUUGGUGAGCUCAAAGCUCAUUUAUUCAAGAAGGUUGGCCCAGACAGGUUUAGGAGGUAUUUCUAUAGUUUGAACAGGUUUAUAAAUCAGAAGUUAAGUAAGAGUGACUUUGAUAAGUCUUGUCAUCGGUUACUUGGGAGGGAAAACCUCCCUUUACAUAAUCAGAUUAUAAAGGCCAUUCUGAAGAAUGCUUGUAGUGCCAAGACCCCUCCUCCGUCCGUCCACGAAGCGGGUCCCGCAAAAUCGGCUAUAGCAACUGGAAAGAGCUUGUCUGUAAUAGAGGAUGGACAUGCUCCUGCUGCAAUUGUGUCCCAGAAUCAAAGCUCAGUUGCCCCUGUUUGGUCAAAUGGGGUUGUUUUGACUAUGUCUCCGAGAAAGGUGAGGUCUGGGAUCCGUGAAAGGAAGUUUAAAGAUAGGCCGAGUCCUCUUGGGCCGAAUGGGAAGGUAGAUUCUGCAUCACAUCAUGCUACAGAUGAUAGUGGCAUGAAGAUUGAAAAUGGGGAUUUGAUGGAUUUUACUCCUUGCGAUUACCAGCGACCUUUGCAGCCACCACGAGGGCUGGCUGAGCAACCAGAGAAUGAAGAGAGACUGACAAUAAAGAAAUCUGUAGAUAUUCCAGGUGUCAUUCGAAGUAAAGACCAGAAUAACGUAGCUGCUUUUGCAGAUGGGGAAGUGGCGGAACACGCUAGUCUGUUAAAGGUCUCCAAGAGUCCUCUAACUGCUCCUCUUGGAAUUCCGUUUUGCUCAGCGAGUGCUGGUGGAGCCCGCAAAUCAUUACCUGUGACUCACAUUGGUGAUUAUGUUAGCUGCUUUGAUAUUGCCGGAUUGUCUGACAGUGAGAUGCUAAGGAGGCGAAUGGAGCAGAUAGCAGCUGCACAGGGUCUUUGUGGGGUUACAACGGAAUGUGCUAAUACCUUAAAUAACAUGUUGGAUGUAUAUUUAAAGCAAUUAGUGAGGUCUUGUUUAGAGUUAGUUGGUAGUAGAUCUACAAGUGACACGUCAAUGUAUGCUGUUCAGAAGCAGCAAACUCACAACAAGCUUAUCAACGGUGUCUUUCCCAGUAAUCAUUUACAUAUGCAAAGUGGUGGUGGUCCUCCUUUAGAAGAACAAAGAGUUCAUCAUUCUGUUUCUCUGCUUGAUUUUAAGGUCGCAAUGGAGCUAAAUCCUCAACAACUUGGAGAAGAUUGGCCUUUGCUGUUGGAGAAGAUAUCCAUGCAGACAUUUGAAGAAUAAGAUCUAUGAAGAAUAUUUGGGUUUGCCCUUUAAUCCCUUUGGGUUGGUCAUUCUGGCUUGAAGAACAUGUUAAUUAUGACUUGUUAUUAUUAAUGAUGUCAAUGUCAGUUCAAAUCUUGCCUCUGUCCCAAGCCAGAUCAUUCCAACCCAUUAGAUGCAGCUCUACCUUCGUAAGAUCAAAUGAGGGUAUUGAGCUCAAUGUAUGUACAGCUCCUUUCACAGAGUUUGUUCAUGAUCAGGGAUUUUUUAACUGGCCACCAGUGAACGGGUUCUCGGGGAUGCCCCAGUGGUGGUUGCUCUGUUGUAUGUUUAGCAUUCUUGUUGGCUGUCUUCUGCCUGAGUCAUGUAAUUUACUGCCAAGAGGAGGAAACAUGGAAAAGUUUUGCAGGGAUACUGUUGUUUAGCUUGGUAAAGGUAAUUAUUCACAUAAUGUAAGAGCUGCAAUGUUGCUCUACAUGUGUUUUUAGAUUAAAGUGGAAUUCCAACAUCAAUAACACAUUAACUUCUUUA